CUACCAUUCAGAUAAACUAAAAAGGCCUUUCAAACAUGUCAGCCUUUCUUGACUGGGAGACGCUCAUUAAAUGUGCGUAAUUAAGAAAUUCACGAAAAGGGAAAGACGGAAAGUAAACAAACGAAUUCCAGGUGAACUUGGGCGCAGGUAUAUAAGCUGCGGGGACGGAGGCAUCCAGCACACUCUCCCUGGCUCCUGAAAGCUACAGGUUCUUUAUCAACAAGAUAUCAAAUUAGCAAACAUGAUUCGGAAUCUUGCACUCAUCCUUGUGAUCCAGGCUGCAACAGCAUGGGCCCAAUACACAUGUCCCGAUGCUGGCCUGUUCUGUGCCAGCUGCACUUCGCUGGCCAUCUGCACGGGAGCCGGAGAAACAGGGAACGAAAUAGAUUGCCAGACCGGCCAGCUGUGUGGCGUCUCCGGCCCCUUCGCCUCCUGCUACGCCAACACAGCCACCGAGACCUCCGCGUGCCAGUGCGAGAGCAGCGGCGGCUACCUGGUGGAUCCUUACCUGCCUUCCCAGUACUUCAUUUGCCUACCUGGUGGGGAGCAACUGGCCGUAACUUGCGAUGCAACCGAGUCCUUCGACCCUGAACAGAACGCCUGUACAGUUAUGCCUGAAGUUACUACUCCGACGCCUCCGACUUGCUCAGGAAUCGGGUUAUUCGCCGUGUCUUGCACUCGUUACGCCGCAGCAGCAGCUCGGGCGCCGGGACGGUGUACGAUUGUCCCAGCGGCCAGUACUUCCACGAAGUCAAGGGCGUGUGCGUCCCACCGGAGGAUCUCACGCCCGCCCCGUUCUCGUGCGGGAGUGAGGACGGCGCCUUCGGUGACACGGUCAACUGCAGCAUUUUCUACGUGUGCUCCGGCGGAAACCAGAUCGGGUCCCCCCUCUCGUGCCCCACAGAUUUGAUCUUCGAUAGCGCCCUUGGGUUCUGCAGUUCGGGGGACUGUGAGAUUGAGGUCAGCGCCUGCGCCACCAGCGUCUCUCUGGCGUCAACGAGUCCUGCUUCACCGACCACGCCUUCAUCGACGAUAAGUUCAACUUCAUCCUCAUCGACAACCUCAUCUUCCACAUCUUCCUCUACUUCCUCUUCAACUUCAUCAUCACCUUCCUCUUCCACAUCUUCAUCUACUCCCUCUUCAACUUCAUCAUCAACUCCCUCUUCAACUUCAUCAUCAACUCCCUCUUCAACUUCA